AUGAAUAAACCAAGCAACAAUAAUAAUAGUAAUAGUAUAAUUAGUAGUCAAGCGUUCAAUUACGUAUUUAAGAAUAGAUACUUGUUCAAUAUUAUAUUAAGAUUAGUACAACAAAAUAAUCGUCAACAACUAGUACGAUCAUAUCGAUACAAUGAACUAAACGACUUGGAGUGGAUACUAGAGAAUGGUCAUCAAGGAUUGUUAAAGAUGAUCUUUGAUAGAGGUGAAUUUGAACAAAGAUUAAGUGUAUCAACCCUUCGCUUUAAAGCUGUUAGAUUAUUCUUUACUCAAGUCAAAGAUCGUCAAUUGCUACUGUCAGUCUAUAAUCAAUACACUCACAUCUUUUGCAAAGAUGAUACAAUCAUAUGGGCAUGUCAAAGAGGUGAUGUAGAGAUUGUAAAGAUGUUAAUCAAUCAAACCGAACCUUCUAAAUUAUACUAUCACCCAAAUGACAUGUUGAAAGGUGCAGUCGAAUCAGGGUCUGUCGAAAUGGUAAAAUUCAUUGUAGACUUUAUAUCAAGUAUAAAGACAAGAGAGACUAUAAGCAUUACUAUCAAAACAGCCAAUUUAGAGAUCAUAAAUAUCAUUUUUACAAGCCAACUUGUAAAAGAAUCGAUCAAACUCGAUGUUGACCUUCUUCUUGGUAUGGAUGGUCCAUGGCCAGUUUAUUUUAACAGAGAUAUAUGUAGAUGGAGACCAGAAAUUAGUGAUGCAUUAGAACUUAUCGCCAACGAACUACUUUCAGCAACUGAUGGUUCAACCAACCCAUCAGAGUGUUCAAAAUACCUUUCAAAGAGUUCAAUACCAUUUAAAACGAUUUACAAAUCAAUCAAAAGGGUCUAUCACUAUGAUCGGACAAGGUUGUCACAAACAAAAAACCAAAUGACAACCAUUUCCCGUGACUCUGAUCCAAUAUACUAUCCAAUGUUGAUUCUCAGAUCUUUUGGCAAUGAUAAUAAGAAUUCUGAAGUGCUUCAAUACUUGGUCAAGACCAACCAUCCAUUUUUGUGCCAUGAAUAUAAAAUAGUUUGGGGACGUGGUUUUCAAACUCCUAUCAAUCUCUAUCAUGUGACUGUCGAUCAAGCCAAACUAUUUUAUAUUGACCUUUCCCUCACACCAACUACAAAGGUAGAUAAUAUCGAAUUGUUUAAUCUAAUCUACAAAAUUUGCAAACCAGACAAAAUGAUGGAAUGGGUGUCAAGAGUAUUGGAGUAUGCAAUCUCUGAAUUAAAUUAUAAACUCAUUAUGCAUAUAUACGAUACAAUACAAGAUCUAGAUAAACAACUACCCCAAUGGUCAUUUGGACUUGGAAAAGGAUCAUUCAUAUCUGAUUACAUUGAAAUGGCAAAAUUACUCACUGAACUUAACUUGUAUGCAAAUGAAAUCAAUUUUGAUUGUGCAAUUAGAUCGAUUCAACAUCCUAUUGACCAUUUAACCAACUAUCAAUUGACUUGUCUAUCACUGGCUCCAAUCGAGUAUUCACUAUCUUUUGCAUUCUACUGCAAUGGUGAUUUUAUGAUCAAAGCACUCGUUACAAUGAUCAAUGACCAUCAGAGAACAAUGCCUGGCAUUUUAUGUAGCGGUUCACUAUGUCGUCACAUUGUUAGAUACCGAGAAGAUGUCAUCCGGUCAAUUUUAAAUGGCGAGUAUGGAGACAAUAUAUGGAAUUGGGAUGAUUUGUCAAACUUGUUUGAAAGUUCUUGCAUCGUUGGAAAAUUGGAACUAUUUGAAUACUUGCUAGUCAUUGUGGAUAAAAUGUUUGGAGAAAAGAAACUCUCUCAAAUCUAUUGUAUUGUAGUAGAAUGUGGAAGUCGAACAGAAUUUCUAAAAUACCUCAUAGAUAGAUACAAUACUACCAUUGUCGAUUUAGAACUCUUGAAAUCAAAAGAAAUUAUCAAGUCGAUAGGAAAAUAUUCAAUCAAAUUACACCAUAUGUGA